UGUAAUGAUUGCCACUAUCAGUUGAGAUUAGGGAAUGCACCUGACCACCAUUCGAGUGGACAGCCAGUUUGAAAAGUUUCUAAGUGAAGGAUAUUCAUUCAGAGGGGCAGACGGAUGUUUUCUGUAGAAAACUUUUACAAAAUUUGAAGAUGUCUGAGAAUAAAAUCAGCCCUUUCAAGAGCUUUUUUGCUGGUGGUUUUGGAGGAGUAUGUGUUGUCUUUACUGGACACCCCCUGGACACUAUCAAGGUGCGCCUCCAGACUAUGCCCAAACCUGGUCCAGGAGGACAUCCUCUUUACACUGGAACUUUCGAUUGUGCAAAGAAAACUGUCGCUAAGGAGGGUUUCCGAGGUCUGUACAAGGGAAUGGGAGCUCCUAUGACCGGUAUUGCUCCAAUCUUUGCCAUCUGCUUCUUCGGUUUCAAUCUCGGCAAAAAGCUGCAGCAGAAAAAUGAAAAUGAUAAACUGAAUAUGAUCCAGCUGUUCCAAGCUGGUAUGCUUGCCGGUGUCUUCACGACAGCCAUCAUGGCCCCUGGAGAGAGAAUCAAGUGCCUUUUGCAGAUUCAGCAUGGCAGCCAGAAGCCUAAGUAUAGUGGACCAGUCGAUGUGGUGAAGCAGCUGCACAAGGAGGGUGGUGUCAGGAACAUCUUCAAGGGAACUGCUGCUACACUGUUGAGAGAUGUGCCUGCGUCUGGGGCUUAUUUUGCAUCAUAUGAAUGGCUUCAGAACAUCCUAACACCAGAGGGAAAAAGUCGAAGUGACCUUGGUCCCCUAAGAACGCUCCUGGCCGGUGGUUUAGCUGGCAUGGCUAACUGGGUCGUAGCUAUUGCUCCCGAUACUCUCAAAUCUAGAUUACAAACUGCUCCUGAGGGAACCUACCCCAAUGGAAUACGUGAUGUCUUUCGCCAUAUGAUGAAGACUGAGGGCCCAGCUGGCCUGUUCAAGGGUCUUUCUCCUGUUAUGCUAAGGGCAUUCCCUGCAAAUGCGGCCUGUUUCCUUGGUUACGAGUUGGCAAUGAAAUUCCUCAACUGGGCUGCGCCAACUUGGUGAUGAGUGGAGGCUUUAGGACAAUUGAAUUAUUCUGUCAAAUGGCUGAAGUGCAUUUUUCCUGGUUUAAUGGACUUUCGUUCAAAUUCAUCAUGAAUGGUGCACUGCUGCAUCUUUGUAAAAGGUUCUCGGAGCAUGCUGCACACCAUCUUGAGGAAAUCAGGGGCUAAUGUUCACUUCUCCGCCCUUGACCCGAAAAGCAAAGAUCAACCCCUGAUUUCCUCAGGAUGGCUCCACAUAAGCAACUGAAACAUCAGGGAAAUCUUGACAAUUUUCACUGUUAAAAUCUUAGGGUUGUUUUUUAAUGCACACAAAUUAGGAGUUACCGGUAGGCAUGACUGCAUCUUUGGUCUUGGACUUAGUAGAAGGUGGUAGAAAAAGCUAGUUCUUUUUUUGUAAUUUAUGGAAACUUAAGCACGUUCAUAGAAACUGGUUAUAACGGGUCACCGCUGAUGAAACCUGAGCUCCCUUCCAGGAGCACUGAGAGAUUGUGCACCCUUGCAGUUCCCAUUUUGAGGUCAGAUUAUGUUAUGUAGUGAUAUCCUUGAUUCAACUGACUAACUAGUUUUCAUACUUCAGUUGCACUAGUACAAUUUUGAAAUUCAAAAUUGGACCUGUCCAUAAAAAGGAUUUAACAAAGAAAACUUAUUCGUUAUUUCUUGCCUUUUGAGCAGGUCUUACCCAGAAUUUGAAAAAUGUUUGGGCCAGUGAAGAUACUUAGUCAAUAUGAAAAAGUUUAUCAGUUCAGUUGAAUCAACAACUAUUAAUCAUCAUUGAAGUCAGAGUGGGAGUCAUAAAUGAUGGGAAACCUCUGUAUCAGGUUUUAAAAGCUAACAGGAGACUUAUUUAGGUAAUUGAUAAGGUAAUUUAAACCAAUGUAUGCAACAUAUUGCUGCUAUUAUCCCGAGGGAAUAGAGACAUCCUGUUUAUACAAACUACGUAUUGAUAAUUUGAUAAUGGCAUCCUGAGGAAGUCAGGGUUUUGUGUGGCCUCUAAGGCCCCAGUGAUCACUAACCCCUGAUUUCCUCAGGAACUAAUACUGAAAGAUCUGUGAUCUCUAUCCCGUGUGUGGCUUAACAGGUUGAAUAAAAUUUGUAA